AAUUCACUUGCGGUUGAAUUACUUAUUUACUAUUAUAUGUUGUCUCUAGAUCUUCAGUCAGACGAUUAAGAGGGAGCAAUCAGGGAGCUCUAACUUUCAGGAAUCAUGCCUUCGUCUCUUACUUUCCAGCUGGCCUUUUGUGGGAAGGCAUAUAGACCAGAGAGCGCAAGGAAUAAAGGUAAAAGAGUGGGGAAAGGAGGGUCCAUCAGAGGGCUGGCAAGGGCAACACAACCUUUCCCACUGCACCAUUCCUUUUUGCUUCGGAAGAUAGACAUAUAUACAGCACUAGUCAUUCCAAUGUAGACCCAGUUACAGUUAGGAUGGUGUCAUUGUUAUGCUUCUACUCCCACUUGCAAAAAGUGAGUACCCCCUCACUCAAAGCCCAAAGGUGUAGUUAUCACAAUCCAUCUUCUCAUUUUAGUUAUAAAAGUGAAACCCGCAUCCAUCUCCGUCCCAAACCCCCUUCUUAGGUCCUUGAGUCACUACUAGUUUUCUUUAAUUUAUUGCCUCCUUACCUUAGAUCCCUGAGGACUAUUGCUCUCUCUCUCUCUCUCUCUCUCUGACCCUAUUGUUCGAUCGGUGCAGUUAUAAAAUUAUUCGUUCCCUAGUUAAUUACUCUCAACAAAUUAAGAGGUUCUCAUUUAUAGAAUGUGUUGCUCUAAGUUUAAGCUUCACAAAGAUUCCAACAUCGCUUCAACAGUUGCUGAAAUCAACGGUCGUCCGGUCCUUCAACCUCCUUCAAAUCAAAUUACCAGCUCCGACAAACGCAACUCACUUAAGAAGAUAUCCUCAAAUUCACCAGCUCUAUCCGCACCUCUACAGCUGUCAAAUAGUAGAGCUAGAGCUGUUAAAGCUACUAUGCCUUCACUGUCACCUCCUAUCUCUCCCAAGUCACCUAGACCAACUGCUCUUAAGAGAGAAAAGGAUUCUAAUGAGCUGAAUUCUAGCUCUGAGAAGGUGAUCGCGCUACGGUGCAACGUAAAGCUGGAUAGUACAGUCAAAAAGCCAAAGAAUGCUAGUGGGGGAGGAGUUGCACUAACCUCAGUUGACGCUAAAUACUCUUCCUCUUUUAUGGUGCUUGAGGCUCCGGGAAGCAUAGCCGCGGCAAGGAGGGAACAGGUUGCUAUGAUUCAAGAACAAAGAAAAAUGAGGAUUGCACAUUAUGGAAGAACAAAGUCCGCCAAGUAUGAAAGAAAGAUGGUUGGACUCGAUUCAUCAGCUGCACGUACUGCUGCAAGACAAGAUCAGAGGAGAUGCAGUUUCAUUACAGUUAACUCAGACCCUGUCUAUGCUGCUUACCAUGAUGAAGAAUGGGGAGUGGCUGUGCAUGACGAUAAACUGUUGUUUGAAUUGGUUGUAUUGAUUGGUGCUCAAGUCGGAUCAGACUGGACUUCAGUACUGAAGAAGCGGCAAGAUUUUAGGGAGGCCUUUUCAGGAUUUGAUGCAGAGGUUAUCGCCGGAUUCAGUGAAAAGAACAUACUAUCAAUUAGUUCUGAUUAUGGCAUUGAUGUAAGCCAAGUUCGAGCUGCUGUUGACAACGCUAACCGAAUUCUUGAGGUUAGGAAAGAAUUCGGAUCUUUCAACAACUACUUGUGGGGAUUUGUAAACCACAAACGUAUUGUCACUCAGUACAAAUCAUGCCACAAGAUCCCUGUGAAGACCUCAAAAUCCGAAGCCAUCAGCAAAGACAUGGUGAGGAGGGGGUUUAGGUUUGUUGGCCCUACUGUAAUCCACUCAUUGAUGCAAGCAGCUGGUCUCACCAACGACCACUUGAUCACUUGUCCAAGGCACCUACAAUGUAUUGCCUUGGCGUCUCAAUUUCCUACCGUAGCUCCAGCUCUAUAGAUUCAUCAAAGAGUUAAACAAAAGAACCAGAAAAAUAUUAAGGACAAGAUUAAUAAACGAUGUGCCAUACUUAAUAUAUCAUAGUUAUGCAACGAAAGAAGCUUAGUUGUCAUAUAAUUAGCCACUUAGUUAGCUUUCCCAAACUAAAGAUUAAUUGCUUUGGAAUUGUGAUCAAGUAUGUACUGGCUAAAGAUGGCAGUGAUGGGGCCAGAUAUGAGGAAUGGAUCAGGAUGCAGAUUGAAGAGAAUGGCAGGGAGGGCAGACAGCAUGUGCAGGUGGGCAGUCAAUGGCUCUCACUUUCCCUGUGAUCCCCACACAUUCUCCAUUAUUUGCUCCCAUUAAAACUCGAACUGCCUGAGGAGAAUAGGGCUGGAGGCCUGAUAACCGUAGGGUUGUACUUGCUGGGCUAGCCCUUUUCAUUUGCUAUUUGUAUUAUACUUGGGUUCAGUAAGACUAGGAGGUGGACAGUUAUACAUGCAUAUUCGCUGCAAGAGAGAGCUGAAUCUGCUUCUAUUUAUGCUCCCACAUUCAUAGAAGGCACCGCACAAUCUUUCGAGUCCUGAUCACGCCUCAGUGUUAGCUUUUCAUUAAUUCUCCUUCAGUUUCAAUAAUCAACGGCGUAGUCAAUGCUCAACAGCUAAUUACUGCUGCCAAUAUUGCAGCUGGAAUUCUAUCCUUUUAGAGUGAAACAGAGAUUGUACCCCGAUCUGUUCAUCUGUUGGAAUGUAAUCCGAGUGUUUAUUUUCGUCAACUAUGAAAUGAAACCACUUUUUAUGAGAUGUA